CCGCCGCAGGCCCCGCGCUGCCGCCCGACAUGACGGUGGUGCCCGGGGACCACCUGCUGGAGCCGGAGGCGGCCGACGGCGGCGGGGGCCCGCCGCAGGGUGGCUGCGGCGGCGGCGGCGGCGGCGGCUGCGACCGCGACCGCUACGAGCCGCUGCCGCCCGCGCUGCCGGUCGCCGGCGAGCAGGACUGCUGCGGGGAGCGCGUGGUGAUCAACAUCUCCGGGCUGCGCUUCGAGACGCAGCUCAAGACCCUCUGCCAGUUCCCGGAGACGCUGCUGGGCGACCCCAAGCGGCGCAUGAGGUACUUCGACCCGCUCCGCAACGAGUACUUCUUCGACCGCAACCGGCCCAGCUUCGACGCCAUCCUCUACUACUACCAGUCGGGCGGCCGCAUCCGCCGGCCCGUCAACGUGCCCAUCGACAUCUUCUCCGAGGAGAUCCGCUUCUACCAGCUGGGCGAGGAGGCCAUGGAGAAGUUCCGCGAGGACGAGGGCUUCCUGCGGGAGGAGGAGCGACCCCUGCCCCGCCACGACUUCCAGCGCCAGGUGUGGCUGCUCUUCGAGUACCCGGAGAGCUCCGGGCCGGCGCGGGGCAUCGCCAUCGUGUCCGUGCUCGUCAUCCUCAUCUCCAUUGUCAUCUUCUGCCUGGAGACGCUGCCCGAGUUCCGCGACGAGAAGGACUACCCCGCCGCGUCGUCGCAGGAGCAGUUCGAGGCGGCAGGCAACAGCACGUCGGGGGCCCCCGCCGGGGCCUCCAGCUUCUCGGAUCCUUUCUUCGUUGUGGAGACCCUGUGCAUCAUCUGGUUCUCCUUUGAGCUGCUGGUGCGGUUCUUCGCUUGCCCAAGCAAAGCCACCUUCUCUCGAAACAUCAUGAACCUGAUAGACAUCGUGGCCAUCAUCCCUUAUUUCAUCACACUGGGCACCGAGCUGGCGGAGCGACAGGGCAAUGGACAGCAAGCCAUGUCCCUGGCCAUCCUGAGGGUCAUCCGGCUGGUGCGCGUCUUCCGCAUCUUCAAGCUCUCCCGGCACUCCAAGGGGCUGCAGAUCCUGGGCCAGACGCUGAAGGCUUCCAUGCGGGAGCUGGGGCUGCUUAUCUUCUUCCUCUUUAUCGGGGUCAUCCUCUUCUCCAGCGCGGUCUACUUUGCCGAGGCAGACGACCCCACUUCAGGGUUUAGCAGUAUCCCGGAUGCCUUCUGGUGGGCAGUGGUAACCAUGACAACAGUCGGUUACGGGGACAUGCACCCGGUGACCAUAGGGGGCAAGAUCGUGGGGUCGCUCUGUGCCAUCGCUGGUGUCUUGACCAUUGCUUUGCCGGUCCCUGUGAUUGUUUCCAACUUCAAUUACUUCUAUCACCGGGAGACAGAAGGGGAAGAGCAAGCCCAGUACAUGCACGUGGGAAGUUGCCAGCCCCUCUCAUCUUCCGCCGAGGAGCUCCGAAAAGCAAGAAGUAACUCGACUCUGAGUAAGUCGGAGUAUAUGGUGAUCGAAGAGGGGGGCAUGAACCAUAGCGCUUUCCCCCAGACCCCUUUCAAAACGGGCAACUCCACUGCCACCUGCACCACGAACAAUAAUCCCAACUCCUGUGUCAACAUCAAAAAGAUAUUUACUGAUGUUUAAUAUAUGAUACAAGUGACAUGCUGUGCUCAGUAUUGUGUGGAACGUGCCCCCUUGGUCUGCGUAUGCCCUUGUUUUAUACAUUUCCAGACCAUUCAUCAAGGAAAGGACAUGAAGAAGUGAAAAGCACACUUCAUUUUCCCUCUCCCUAAUGCUUCAUACUGAAACAGGUGUCUCUUUUGCAAGUGGGCUGCAUUCUCUCAGCUCUCCAUUGUUUUCGGCCCUUCUCUCUAAUAUUGCAAAGAACAAACUUACUUUAGACUUGGUUUCUAGUACACACCCUCUAAAAAACAAACAACAAAAAAAAAGCAGCUUUACAUCCUGGGAGAAAAUGAAAUGAAAUAACAGAGUAACCGCUUAACCUCAGAAUCAAAAGACACUUGUUUCUUUACUAAGUAAAGCCAGCACGUACUUAAAGGAUGCUUCAGUUUGAUGGACUGUUUAACAUUAUUGAACAUUUAGAUCACUUGCCCACGCUGUGGAUAUGUGGAUGAGAAGUCUAAUUAGAAAAAUAACCCACCGUCAGUUUAUUUGGUUUUUGACUGGAAUUUCCAUUCGAAGCCCCUCCCGGAAUUUUAAAGAUAUCUACAACUUUGAACAAAGGGAAAUGCCUGAGAUGUCCCGAUCUGACUAAUCAGUUGAAACUCUUUGGGGCUUGUUAAGCAUUUCGAAAGGGAUAGACUAACAGAUUCCUCCAAAGUUCUGUGUGUGUGUGUGUGUGUUCCAAGCAACGUCUACCAAAGUGUAGAAACAGAUGUUUUCAGUGCUGCUGAGAGAAACAAACAAAAUUCCUAAUGCGUCUGCGAGAUAAGCUUCUACAGUAUCACAAGAAGAUUAAAGUGGCAGACACUCCUUCCAGCGGAAGUUACUAAUUCGGACCUGACUGAUGCAGUUCCCAUAGCAACCCAUGUUUCCUGGGAAACCCGAAAAAGGUUGUCAUGGCAUCUCUUGCUCUGUAGCCCCACCCCCUAGCCCCUGCUGUUUCCACAGUAACCUUUCCAAAUGGUUCCUACUUAACAGGAUUUCAUAAGGAAAACCACUAUUUGAAUAAACCGCACAAAGAAAGUUAAGUCUGAGAAUCUGAGGGUGGUGCAGUGAAUCACAGAAUGCAUUAUUUUUUUACUGCAGAAAAUCAUUGAUAUCAUCUCAUAAUGACUGGAUCAAGAAGGAAAAUACUGCCUUUGGAAUGUUAGAUAUACACACAAAAAGGCAUGGUUUGAAUUAAAUGCCAAUAAUGAGGCAAUAGUUUGAAAAGAUACUGUUUUCUUCCUCCAAGAAGUUUCAAGCCAACAAAUGAAAUUUAGGAGCAAAUGUAAAAGUGUUCUGUACAUACACAUAUGAAAGAUCCAAUCAGUUUACCUGAAACCUAACUGCAAGGGACCUUGAGACUUAAAAGAAAACUUCCAAAUCCCACAACAGCAUUUGAAAAGCUAAGAAAAAAAAAAAACCUUUAAAAAUAUAAAGGAUGCACAUUUUUUAACUGAGGGAAUUGCAGACAAUCAAUUUAAAAAAAGAGGGAUGGGAAGUAACCAAAUCUUGGGGAAAUACCUGCAAGUUUCAGCCAUACACCAGGGGUGUCAGAAGAUACACAGAAUCAGUAGUUCCAAGUCCUUCCCACCUCUCAGCAGUGAAUAGAAGUCAUAACCCCUCCCACUAAGAAAUGCAAAGAAGAGCAUUCCGCCCCCCACCCCAGUCUGAAGACUUAUGGAAACACUGUGAGAUAAAGAUACCUGAAGAGUCCCACAUAGAGAACUGUAGAGCCGCACGGACCAGUAGGAUGCUCAUUUUUAAACUGCCUACAUCAAGAACACUGUGUUGGUUCUGUCUCUUAUGGGUAGUGAUCUGUCUGCCAGCGCAUAUUUUUGUUUCAGUUGACAUUAAACAACACGUCUCUGAUAAAUGCUUUAUAUAAAAGAAACUGCUCUAAAGCUGGAGAAUUCUCUUCAAAUUGUAUGCAAUAUUAAAGGUAGUGAUAAAGAGAUGAAGAAGGACAUUCAAAACUAUUAAGGGAUCAUUUCAACCUUUUGACAUUUGGAUAAAUUGAAUCACUCAAAAACUAGUCAGUACUGCUGAUAAAGAAAACCUAAAGUUUUGUGUCCAACAUGCCAACUGGUACUGUUUUCUUCCUUCAGUUAAUCACUGGACUGUUGAAUCAUGAGAUCUAGUAAUGUUGUCUUCUGCGUUCUGGCUUAUUUGUGAAGGCGUGUUUUGUACCAAAGGCUCUCCUACAUAGAUUGGCUCAUUUACACGUAAAUAAGUGAAAUAUACACUGUGCCCAGAUGAAUGGUAUUCAAGACAGACUGGCCUAAAAGAAAUGUGCCUUGCUUGAUUAAACAUCCUUUUAUUUUUUUGAUUCAUAAUGAUAGAUUUGCAAAUUAGUCUUGUAGGUAGGUUUUAGUGGAGCAUAAAUUUAAAAAUAUAUUAGUGCUUAUGUUUAAGUUGUCUAUUUUCACUACAGUUUUAAUAUUUGGUUAUAGUUUUUCAGCAGUUCAUAUAUAUUACAAUCAUUUCACUUAGUUUUCCUACGAUGUUUGGUGUGGUGAGACAAAGCACAUUCUUAAAGAUAUAUUAUAAUAGUUCAUCUAAUGUUUAUAGAAUUUCCUUCAAAAUUGUAUCUGUAAAAGGUUUCUUGACUCAUUUUCUAUUUUUAUAAUUUAUUCCUUUAGAAAUGGAACUUUUUUCAAUAAAAUAAGCAAAAGUUUUAGUUGGAAAAGAGAUUUAGGAGGUCAUGAAGAUGAUUUCCCAUUUGGGGACAUUUCACUUCUGUGCCAUUAUUAAUGUAUUUACUGUGACAUUUCAGCAGAAUGGUAGCUAUUUGUAUAUUAUUUAAUAAGCCUUAUGGAAAGUCAAACUGUGAACAUUCGGUAUAACGAAGACUUUUUUUCACUUUCAUAUUUUAUUUUUGAAACCUACCUGAACAAAUGCGCAAAUAACCAAUUUCCUGUUAUUCAGAUGCAUAAUGACGCUGUUAUGAGUGCUGGUAGAACUUUAAUUACCAUCAAAAUAUUUCAGUAGCAAAGCCAAGGUUAUAAUGCUUUUUGAUGCCAUGUAAAAGGAAAUACAGGUGAUGCGUUUUAUUGUUAAUAUAUAAGAAUCAGGAACUGAAACAAUCUUAUACCUGUUAGCAGCAACAGAUGGGUAGGAGAUAAAAUCCUGGUAAUUUUCUUUGAGGCAAUGUCUACAAUGAAUUUUGCACAAUCUGGUGAUAAUUCUUCUGUGGUCAAAAUUCUGAGACCAGAUAACUCUAGGAAAAGGUGAAGUAUCUCAGAUUUAAGCUAUGUGAACCUCCCGACCCAAUGAUUUGUAACUGAAGUGAAAACAUAGCCCAAGCCGCCACCAUGUUUUUGUUCCUUUAGCAAAAAGGAGUAGUAGAGGCACUGGCCCAGAGAAUUGUCCAUCCAUCCUCUCCACCUAAUACUCAUAACAGAUGUUCACAGACUUGUCAGCGGUAAAGUAAUUCACAUCAGUUAUUGGGAUGAUUGAAACAAACCAAUUAAAUGUCCGAUAAGGGGUCUUAGACAUUCGGAUAUUUUAGUAAGGAUUGGUAGGCAUUACAAAAAUAGACACAACACUACCUUCAGCAAACGCCAAUGACACCAAUGACACAACUUCAAGUAUUAUGUAUACUUAAUAUCAUAUCUGCAUUAUUAUUACAGGCCAUAGUUUCAAAUAAAGACACAACCUGGACUUUGAGAUAAAAGCACAGAAUAGCACCCGAGGAGUAAACUGUCAUAUGCAAUAUGGUUCACCAAACGUGUAGUAAAAAUACAGUUUUGAUCUAGAAAUCAUGAGACCAGAGUCCUUACCCACUGUCUACCUGUAGGACCCUAGAUAAGUCACUUACCAUUGCUACGCUACAGGUUCCUAAAUUGCACAGUGGUUGUGCUGGGUUAAAUAAUCCCCAAAGCCCUUUCCCAACCCCCCCGCCCCCAUUCUCAUUUAUACACAUUUGAAAAGGCUUUGAAGGAUACUUAAAGUGCUCAGAUUUUUCUUAUGCAUCUCUGAAGGAAAGAGUAAACUGAAGUAAGAUUUAAACCUUUAAAGUGUCAUAAGUAUACCAUUCUUCAAAUUGAUUGUGAGAAGAGGAAAUAGGAUUUUUUUUCUCCUCUAAGAAUUGUCCCUGGCCUAUAAUGGGAUCAUGAAAAUGUAGAAAACCCACUAUGCAGAAUGGAAACAGAUUAACAACAUACCUGGAAAGGAAGGGGAGGUGACGUGUUCAAUAUAAUUAGAAGUUAAUGUGAUUUGAAAUUGCAUAUGAAAUGCUAAAAACAGUUCCACUCCACAUUAUAAUCCUGGACUAGAAAGUGGGAAAAGGUUGGAGGAAUGGGAAUGUUUGCCUUAUGAUCGCUUGAAUUUUUUUUUUUUUUUUUUUUUGCACAAGAAGCAGUUUGGUAGAGCUUAGGCAGGUGUCUUUGCUUUAGUGCCGGCUCUGCUAAUGGUUCAUGUGCCCUAGGAAAGUCCCUUUGACUUCCCUGAGCCCCCGUUUCUGUAUCUGUGCAAUGAAGACUUCAAAUUUAGUAAUCUAUAUGUUCCUUUCCAUCUUUGAAAAUUCCAGAAUAUUCUGAAAUACACGUACAUGUUACUCCUCAGCAGGCACGAAGAUCCCACAGAUCUCUGUUCAUGUGACUGAACAGACUGCAAAUCAAAACAUUCCUAUUUCUAAUGACCUCCGCAAGAUAUUAAAAAAUGUGACUUUUAACUUGGACCAUGGCUUAACUAUUAUGACUUAGCAUUUCAUCCUUGAAUGUUGGGUUAGUUAAGCAAAAUUUCUGGCAAGUAAACCUUCUGUUUAAAUCUUCAUAGCUUAAUAAACACUUAGCAAACCAGAAUUAAAUACAUUAUGCCUGCCAAUGAACUGUAGCUGAUUGCAAGGUGCGUUUUCGUCACAUUAAAAAGGUAAUGCCGCUUUGGUCCCAGAAUUCAAAUGACUUUAAUUUGAAAUAAUGUUCACAAAAUUUUGUAAACUUCUGUGAAUACAAAAGAGGCCUGGUGGAGCCAUAUUCUAAUUAAUUUUGCUCAGGAGUGAGAAACAAAAUUCAGGGAUAAUCCAAACGCUUCUGUUUGGCUUUUGUGGACAGUUGGAAAAAGAAGGGUUAUAGCUUUUGUACAACAUAGGUAAGAGAUAAUUAUACCCAUUGAAAACCAAGAGUAUAUUCUGGUUGCUGGUUUUAUGGUAGAAAGAGAUUAGGAUAGAAAGAUGCUAAAAUAUGGACACUAGGGAAAUUGUUAAAAUGAUAGCGGUCCAUUUGAAUAAUCCAGAAAUAUUUUGUCAUAACGAGAUUAUUUGUCCAGAGGUUUAGUCUUAUAUCCUUCCAUUCAGAAAAGGGGGCAGUUUUUAAAGGCCUCUAUCACAAUAGGAAAUGUAUAUUUUGACUAGCCGAGCAACUCACUAAAACAUUUAAUCUGAUCAUUUGUGGUCUUGCGAAUCUGAAUUUUCACUUUAGGUGUAAUUGAGUCUCUUACAUAUUCGUGUUAGUGAUAUUUGUGAAGAGUAAUUUCAUCCAUUUUUUUAAAUAAAGUUGAUGAAAUUUGCUCAAUGGUGAUUCUAGCAAAUCGUGUUAAUAUUGUAUCUUGCAACAAUUUGUGAACUGACCGUACAGAAACAAACCAUAGUAGUAUCUCUUCUGGUAAAUUGUAUCCAUGGUGUGAUCUCUUAAUGCUGGGUUUGGGGUGGGAAGGUUAAGUAUUUAGUUUCCUUAAAACUAAUUGUCAAAGUGUUUUUAAAACUGUAUGAUUAUAAACCAAAUAGGAAUAUCCUCUUCUUUUUUUCAGUGUAGACCAUUUUGGAACUACCCCAUAAAAUGGUAUAAUUUCGGGUAAAAAGUUCCUAUAUGUGUGGACAGGGGAAAGCAAACAGUGUAUAUCAUUCUUCCAUGUAGUAUGUUACAUGUAACAAUAAUAAUCCAUUUCUGAAAUCGUGUACACAUAGUAACUAUGCAGAUAUCCAAAUACGAUUUUUUCAUAGCAAUGUCUAAUACUUGUUGAUCACACACUUUACAAAGAUCAUUCACAUAUUAUUUAAUCUUUCAAAUAUCCGUAUGAAGUAAUAAUACCAUCUGAAGUUUAGAGACUAAACAACCAGUGGAAAGGUCAAGUGACUGUCCAAGACCGUAUGGCCAGCAAAUGGCUCCAAAUCUAAAUUUCUUUACACCGUUCUCCUUCUGUCAUGUUAUUUUGCCAUUAUCUUUAAAACUUUAACUAAAAUCUAAUUCUACAUGAUAUGUUGGGAGAUCUCAGAGUUGGGGAACAAGACAUUUUUUGCUAUUCCUGGACCUUUUUAGAUACUUCCAAAAGAUAGUCCUCCUACACGGAGAUAGCCAGGCAUUUUCCAUCUAGAACAUAAUUAAGUCGACAAACCCUGACCAUAAGCACCAAAUCCAUGUGAUGUCCUAAUGUUAGAUGGAAAUUCCCUAGCAUUCUAAUUUCCUUUUUUAAAAAAUCUACCAUAAUAACUGAUUUCUGAACACUUAAAAGAAGCAAUAACCCAAGAAAUGACAAAUGUUCUGAUUCAGAGAAAACAUACCGUCAGGCCAACGACUGUAACCAAUUUUCAGCCCAUUGUCUUUCGUCACAUGUGUUCCGUAAUUAGCAGAGAUCAGAGAAGGGGGAGUGGAUAGAAAAACUGUCUUCAUUUUAAGAAAACUCCUUAUUUAUAACUAUUCAAAAAGAAUUAGUUACCAAAUAUUAGAUUACAGGAUUAGUACUAUUUGGCCAUACUUCAAAUACAUGGUAAGGUUUAUCCCCAUAUUUAAAAGGUAGGUAAUUUCCCCAAUAAAAUUAAAAUCUGAUGACUGCUCAGUUUGAAUAUGGAGAAGAUUUCAUGUGUUAAUUCAUGACAUAAUACAACAUUUUAAUUCUUUUUUUAAACAACAGAGAGGCACUGUUCACUGCUUUCCCUUGUAAGUCAUCUGUGAUAAUUCUGUACUUUUACUCACUAGCAAUGCAAUGUUACUGUACACACUUAAGUGGAACAAAUGCUAUAUUAUAUCAGAAUUAAAAUUUUUCUAACCUUAAGUUUAGUUCUCUUUAUCAAACAGAUAAGUCAAACGAGUUUUAUUUUGUAUGGAAUGAAAUAAUAAUUGUUCUCAUAUAAUGGCAUAAUAGCAAAUAAUGGAAUUCUGAAUAAAAUGUAAAAUCAAAAAUUUUUUUCUAUAUUCACCUUCUUUUGACGUUGAAUUGUGUUAACUUAUCACUUAUUAAUGUAAAGUUUAAGUAAGUUUUUAUGCCGUGUUCUUGGAUGUUCUUGUCAUAAUAUAUUCGAGCCUUCUGUUAAGUAAAUACAGUAAGUAUCUGUGAGUUGAUUAUGUGAUAUUUUUAUCUGAUCCAUUUUUUAAAAUGUGUCAUUGGGCUUAAAGUGUUUUCAUGGCAAAUGUUAUGUGCAUAGUUCAAUAAAAUACCCCCCCCAAAUCCUGUUACUCA